AUGCCAGUGAAGUGUUGUUUCCACAGGUCAAACACUGCAGAAAACAUGGCCUGGUCUGAGUCUGUGGAUACAGUACUGGCCAAUAAAGAGGGCCUGGCAGCUUUUCGGACAUUUUUGAAGUCUGAGUUCAGUGAGGAGAAUGUGGAGUUCUGGUUGGCCUGCGAGGACUUCAAGAGAACCAAAUCCUCCACCAAGAUUGCCUCGAAAGCCCAAAAGAUUUAUUCUGACUUUAUACGAGCUGAUGCUCCAAAGGAGAUCAACAUUGACUUCCACACCAAGAAUGACAUCUCCCAGCACAUGUCAGAGCCCACCCUGAGCUGCUUUGAUGCUGCUCAGAGCUCCAUCUACUCUCUCAUGGCCAAGGACUCUUUCCCCAGGUUCCUGAGGUCAGACCUGUACAAGGAGCUGGUGCAGAAGCACCAGGACAGGAACCAGAAGAGGUGGCUCCCAUUUCUGUGA